GACUCUCUCUAUAUAUAAGCUCUCAAACCCUUUGACAUAAUGUGAUAGUGCUAAGGAGAAGAGAGUGUCUGUUGUUUGCUUUGCUUCAUUAUUGGUGUUAUAUAAACCAACCUGCUCUGGAAAAAAUUUAACAAUGUCUGCAAUGGUUGAAGUGAGAGUCCCAAACCUCGACUGUGAAGGCUGUGCUUCAAAGCUUAAGAAAGCUCUUCUAAAGGUCAAAGGUGCGGAAGAGGUGGAAGUAGAGAUGGAAACACAGAAAAUAACAGUGAGAGGUUAUGCCUUGGAAGAGAAAAAGGUGCUUAAGGCCAUAAAGAGAACUGGAAAAGCAGCAGAGCCAUGGCCAUUUCCAGGAUACUCUCAUUUUUCAUCGUUUUACAAGUAUCCAACUCACAUUGUCAAUCAUUACUAUGAUGCUUACAAAAAUGGCACCACUAAUGGUGUUCACACUUUUUUCCAUACACCAUCUGUUUAUUCCGUCGCUGUAGCCUCCGACGAGGCUAUUGCUUCACUCUUUAGCGAUGACAAUCCUCAUGCUUGUACAAUUAUGUGAUUCCUUUGCUGUUUUAAUCUAAGUUCUAUUGUACUCAA